AUGGUUGUUGACACAGAUACUUCGUCGGUCCCCUAUGGGCAUUGCUUUGUCUCGAGCGCAUAUUCACUUCCCUCUUUUCCUGAUGGCACGGCUAAUAAUUGUUCGGACCGGGAAAUUGCGCAUACUGGGGAACAGAUCAAUCAUGUCUUGUUAGAGCAUAUCCUGAUGGAGGAUCCAAUGAUCCGUGGGGCAAUCAUUUUUCAUGCGUAUCAACACCUAGGCGUUCUGGUGGACCCGCAGAUGGACGAUGUGAUUGACGUUGGUGACAAAGAGAAACUCACAGCGUUCAAGCGUUACAUUCAGCUCGCUCUUGAUCCGACGAACAUGUCUCCACCUCCACACAUGGUCAUCGUAGCAUCAGUGCUAAAGCCAUGGAAAUACGUCGAGGAUGGGACACCCGAUAGACAAUCCAUUGUGGCUGAAUAUGCUCCCGAAAUUGUGUCACUCAAUGAGAGUGUCUCAACACCCAUUACACCACCGGCUGUAUUGACCCCUCGAAAGCCGUUUAAAUUUGUGAGACGCCUUGUCAAGACUACUCUAAUUAAGAGCGACAUCGAAAACAUCAUAGAGUAUGGCAUUGAUGGCCUACCAGCGACAAAAGCUCGCCCGUUCUUAUUGGAAACUUCCCGUACAACUAACAAAAUCGAUAUUCACAAGUCUUCCGAUAACAUUGUUCACCGGCAUCCUGUAGUCAUCUCCCUUCGUAAACGUGCUAAGAUGUACCUGAGCCGAUGCCUCGUCGUGGUCAAUAUGGCGCGAACAUAUGUAACGAGUUCUUCUGCCCGUCAGCCGUCCCACGGUCCACUCCUCAGGGAAACUAUUCUGCUCACGGAUAGUACUUCCACACUUGGAGCGAGCCUUCUAGUGAAGUUGUUGGACUGCGAGACCACCGCAAGAGUAUAUGCUCUUGUAACGAAGGACACGAGUAGUGAUUCAUUCGCAGAAAGGCAGUCAAAGAUACUCAAGAAAAUUGGUUUUGGUGAGGAUCUUAUCCACCACAAAAAGCUGGUCUUAGUGGAUGGCGACGCAUGUGAUGAGGAUACUGCCAUACCUCAGGAGCACUUUGCUGAGGUUGUUGCCUCCACCACACAUCAUACACGAUCUCCCCUUCCACUUCCCCCGCGUUUCGUGGUCGUAAGCUCGCCGGCGUUGUUUGCGAAUUCGCGGUGUCGCGUACCGUUGGAGAAUUACCCAGCUGACUACUUCGACGCUGUUGGCUGGGUAUUCAUCGAGUCGAUUUGGGUCGCCCAGCAGCGGUUGUCAGUCAACGCCAGUUUGCGACCGAUCAUGAUUUCUUUUGACCAGCACCACAAAGCAUUCAGGUACGGGCGAGGAUGGUUAUCUGCAAUUGCAAGAACUUGUCUUUGUGUCGGAGCGGUUCCAGAUGCUUCUCGGAUGUUUUCAUGGGUUCCGAUGGGUUCUGCUGCAACGGCUCUCAUAGAAAUGUACAACUCACCUUCCCCAUGUCCGAUACUCCAUAUCGCGCCUCCGAAUCCAACUUUGAGGGCUCGAUCUUUUGCAGGACGCCUUGGCCUACCACUCAUCCCUCUCGAUGAAUGGCUCUCUAGAUUUGACGGUUUCGCUUCCAGAGAUUCUGGUGACCAGCCUGUCUUAUACCUUAUAGAGAUGCUUCGUAGGGAAUCCGCGCAUGGGUUUGUUUCUGUAGAGGAAAUGCCAACGGUCGUUUCACGUUACCCGUGGAUACCUAUGCCAUGUUGGUAGAGGAUCAAAAAAUUGGCAGGAAUAUCGCUGGGUGCUUCAGGACUCCAUAAUACAUAUUGGUAAAUAGGUCAGCUACAGGUUCGACUCAUGUGCAGGCGUAUACUCGAAUUUCUUUCCUUCUUCGUGCUCCAAGAGCUGAAACUCGGGAACCCCACUGAACCAACCACCUAGCUCA